AUGUCGUCUCUCCUCAAACAACGCGUGCGCUACGCGCCGUAUCUCGAUCGCGUGGCUAGCGCCACGGAUCUCGUGCCGCUCUUCAAGUCUGGCCAGACGCUAGGCUGGUCCGGUUUCACCGGUGUGGGCGCUCCCAAAGUCGUUCCGCAGGCUCUGGCCGACCAUGUCGAGCGCCAGAAGCUCCAGGGCAAACUCCGGUUCAACCUGUUUGUCGGCGCCAGCGCCGGUCCCGAGGAGUCUCGCUGGGCCGAACUCGACAUGAUCGCACGUCGUUCGCCACAUCAGGUCGGCAAGCCCAUCGCUGCGGCCAUCAACGAGGGUCGCAUCCAGUUUUUCGACAAGCAUCUGUCCAUGUUCCCACAGGAUCUCACCUACGGCUACUACACGCGCGACAAGCCGCGUGGCGCGCCGAUUCUGGACUUCGCAGUCAUCGAGGCCACUGCCAUCAAGGAAGACGGGUCUAUUGUGCCCGGUCCGUCGGUCGGGGCCUCUCCGGAGUUUAUCUCUGUCGCCGACAAAGUUAUCAUCGAGGUCAACACCGCGACGCACUCGUUCGAAGGGAUCCACGACAUCGACAUGCCCAUCAACCCUCCGCAUCGGCCUCCUUACCCGUACAUGUCCGUGGACCACCGUUGCGGCAUCGAUUCCAUUCCUGUGGAUCCAGCUCGCGUCAUUGCCAUCGUCGAGUCCAAUCAGCGCGACAAAGUGCCUCCCAACCAUCCCUCAGACGCUGCAUCCAAAGCCAUCGCCGCGCAUCUGAUCGAGUUCCUCGAGCACGAGGUGCAAUGGGGCCGUAUGCCCAAGAACUUGCACCCAUUGCAGUCCGGAAUCGGCAACAUUGCCAACGCCGUCAUUGAAGGUCUGUCGUCUGCUUCGUUCCGUAACUUGACCGUGUGGACCGAGGUUUUGCAAGACUCCUUUCUCGAUCUUUUCGAGAACGGUUCCCUAGACUACGCAACCGCCACCAGUAUUAGACUUACAGAACCCGGUUUCAAACGCUUUUUCGACCAUUGGGAUGAAUUUGCCCACAAGUUGUGUCUGCGUUCUCAGGUCGUUUCCAACAAUCCAGAGAUCAUUCGCCGUCUCGGUGUGAUCGCCAUGAAUACUCCCGUCGAGGUCGACAUCUAUGCGCAUGCCAAUUCCACAAACGUUUCCGGAUCGCGAAUGUUGAAUGGACUGGGUGGUUCUGCAGAUUUUCUCAGAAACGCCAAAUUGUCAAUCAUGCAUACUCCCUCCAUCAGGCCCACAAAGAAGGAUCCUACCGGUAUCUCUACCAUUGUUCCAAUGGCUUCGCAUGUUGAUCAAACCGAACACGAUUUGGACAUUAUCGUUACCGACCAAGGUUUAGCCGAUCUAAGAGGUUUAUCGCCUACUGAGAGAGCGCGCGAAAUUAUUAACAAUUGUGCACACCCAGAAUACCAACCUAUUCUUAUGGACUACUUGAAAAGAUCCGAAUUUUACGCCCACAAAAACAAAUGCCUACACGAACCUCAUAUGUUAAAAAAUGCCCAUAAAUUCCAUAUAAAUCUGGCCGAAAAAGGUACCAUGAAAGUCGAUUCCUGGGAUUGA